UGAAUGAAUUUGGAGGGAGUUUAGGAAGGUGUAUCAUGCUGGUAUAGUUCUAAGAUCUGCCUUGUCUAUCAACGAGGAAACAAGACAGAGCUCUGCAUGCUGUGCAGUCUCCUGAUCUGAGCGUCUGCACCGGACGAGGAGGCGGUCGGGUGGCGUCACGUCAUAUCAUCCGCCGCACUGUGAUUGGCUGCUGACUCUCACCCGACACAGCUGUGAUUGUUUUCUGCAGGGGAAGCUCCUAUCCAUGGUAUGAGCUCUUUGCAGUGGAAUGAACCUACACAGUUUUGUUUUGUUUGUUGUCUUCUACUCUGUACGCGUGUUUACUAAAGAUGAUGUGAUCGCAGUCCUCGUUGUAAAGCUCAGGAAAACAAAGAGGGGGAUCCGGGAAUAAUCAUUGGCCGAGGAGCGAAUGAACAGGAGUAAAGGUUUCUGUUUAGAUCACACACUGAAAGCGUCUGGGAGUCAAGCCACAAAGUGCCAAAUGCCCAGACUAGAGGACCACUGCUGGAGCUGCUCUUGUUCACCGAAAGCUGAAACUAAGCAUUCAUCUGGAGCUAACUGGUUUGCAUCCAAAGCUGAAGAAAUGAUGUCCAUCAUCACCACGGUGCUCGGCAGUGCGUAUGGCUCACUGCACAAUGUCCGAACCGCCAACCUGAUCCGUCGGGGUCUCGUCCUCUUCACGGUCGGAGUGUUCCUAGCCUUGGUGCUCAACUUGCUACAGAUACAAAGAAACGUGACCCUGUUUCCCGAGGAGGUGAUGACAACUUUGUUUUCGUCUGCCUGGUGGAUCCCACCUUGUUGUGGUACAGGAGCAGCUGUUGUUGGCCUGCUGUAUCCCUGCCUCGACAGCCAUUUGGGAGAGCCACACAAGUUCAAGAGGGAGUGGGCCAGUGUCAUGCGAUGCAUCGCAGUGUUCGUUGGCAUCAACCAUGCAAGUGUUAAACUAGACUUUGACAACAACGUGCAGCUUUCCCUAACGCUGGCAGCCCUGUCCUUGGGCCUGUGGUGGACAUUUGACCGCUCCAGGAGUGGCUUUGGCCUGGGUGUUACCACCGCCUUCCUAGCUACAAUGAUCACACAACUGCUGGUCUACAAUGGAGUUUACCAGUACACAUCUCCAGACUUCUUGUAUGUGCGCUCCUGGCUACCAUGCAUAUUCUUCUCAGGCGGUGUUACUGUGGGUAACAUAGGACGCCAACUUGCCAUGGGUGGCGUCGAGAAACCCCACAUGGACUGAACGCUGAACUGCACAAAUGCAGAAAGAUGGACACCAAGGUGAAGGCCAGCCAAAAUAGAAAUGGAUUAGAAUGAGAAGGAUAACCAGCGGGGAAAAAAGAAGACUCAUUGUUUUGACUCCAUCCUUUGUUUUCAUUUGUUAUGAGAACAAAGUGCAGGUCAAAAAACGUCCCUCAUCUAAUGUGCCAUGUCCUCUGCACCUCCUUGCGGCCAAUCAACCUCUCCCUCCCGUCUGUGUCCUCCAUUAGCAUUAAGGCUUCCUUCACAUUAGACGGGAGGACAGCAUUUUGCCUUUUUUUGUGUUCUCAUUUGAAGUGAACAGCGAACUGGUUUUGUUUAUUGAAGUGGACUUGUGUGCUUGAGUGUGGAUGUAUUCUGGUCAUAGCAGGAGAAGCAUGAUAGAGAUGCUAUGAUGUGUGUUUGAGUUUUUCUUUAUUAGCCUGAGUAUAAUAUGAUCAUUAAAGGGAAAAUUUGUCUGAGUGGGCACAAACGUGUCUUCACUCUCACAUAGAAACUCUUUCAGUGGCCUCACUGUGGCACAGGGGAGAUGUGUGUUCCCAAUCAAACCAAAUUAAGUAUUUAUUUUCUUUUCCACUGGCCCCAAACCAAAUGAAUGUGUGAUUGAGUGAUGCAUAACAUCUUUAAGGAAAUAUUUGGGAAAUUGUUUGCGUUCUUGUUGAGACUUGUUGCACUUGCAUACUAAAAAACUUGGCAUUUUUAGCAUCAGCAACAUGUUAAAAGGAUUUAAUCAACAGCUAUGUAAUAACCCACUUCGCUGUAGCCAAGCUGGUAGAAAUAAUCCAGAAAACUGUUUAAGAACAAUGAGGCAUCAUAAGGUGAAGGACAAGCAGCGCUCUUAACUGUACUCAUGGAGGAGGGGGCUGACAUUUUUUUUACUAAUAUAAAAUUGGGUUGUGAUAUGACUGAGAUGGACCAAAUUUAAAAUGUUGAUUUUUGCAAGCCCCACCUCUAAAAUUCCUGAACUUUCAGAAAGUCCUACUGCUGUCAAGUAAGGAUUUUGGGGGGCUUAAGAAAACCUCUUUUGAACUUAAUAAUCACUGGCUCUAGAUCUUCCCUCAGUCUGUUUAAAAAUGUUUCAGUUCCCUUGCUCUUGUCUAUAAGUUAAUAUGAGUAAAUAAUCAAAUAUUGGAUAACUUAUUUCUCGUCUUAAAUUAGUUGCAAAAUCAAGGUGAUAAAAGAUAAGUUUGCCCCCUAUCUUUUACGAUAGAAAUUUCUAUUUAUGUGCCUGAGCAGAGCCUCUUGAAUCUCCUGCCGUGGAAAAGGGCUUAAAGGUGUCAUUAGAGGGCAAACGUUCUGCUUUGCAAUAGAUGAGAAAACCAGGCUUGUUUGACUUGAGUCUGAGCUCAGGGAACUGAGCUACAUAUUCAACUCAGAGUUGAGCUCGGUAUUGAAUUUUUGAUCAUUAGAUGAACGCAAACGAUUUCCAGAAUAGUUUAAUUUAUUUGGAGGUUUUAAUACGUGGAUUGAAGAUAGACAGGAAAUAUAGAAGAAGUUUACUACCAACCUUCCUUGUGAAUAUGAGCAUUUUCACUUGUGUACCUGAGGCUUUAUGAGACAUACUGUAAGAUAUUUGGAGCACAAAUGCAAACUAGUUGGGAUCCUCAAUGGAAAGAAGUAUAUGAAUGGAAUUGUAUUUACAGUCACAGUACAAGACUACUUUGUUUUGUUUUGUUUUUUUUGUUUGUUUGUUUGUUUUCUUUUUCCUAGAAAAGCUGAGAGGAUUAUUUGUCAAGAGAAAAAAAAGUUUGGACAGAACACCACAUACGCAUUAGCCUGGAGUGAAAAUAUUUCGCUAAUGUGCAGAGUAACGUCUGGUCACCAGUGUGGACAAUGUUUUUGAAAGAUUGUACCUGAAUAUAUCCAGUGUAUUGCACCAUUUAGGAUCUUAAUGUCAUGUAAAACAGCCCUUUGGUUCCCAACUGGACAUUUUACUAUGUGAUCACACACAAUUCCCACUUGUAGCUUCAAACUUUGGGAACAUACAGGUGAAAGGGGAGGGCAGGACAUUAUAAAGAUUUGCAAUCUGUGAUUGCCUUUGUACAGUAGAAUCUAGUGCUUCUGUCACUAUAACAGUCUAGUUUUAUCAUUUGUAUAAACUUAAUGACAUUACUGCUUGUAUGUAUAAUAGCUUGCCGAUGUAAUCAGACAGGUAUUACCAUAACAGACCCACAGUAUGUUAGUGUUUGGGGGUCUAGAGGAUUAAGUGCAAUCACACAAUUCAUGAGCCGAUUAUUCUUUAUUUAUUAUUUCUGACAAAGGCUUAAAAAAAUCAUUUGUAAAGCAGUGUGGAUCAUUCAGAAAUGAGCAAUAACAUCUUUGUUUCCAUUAAGUUUUUUGUUUUUUUUUGUCAGAGAUCACAUGCCUUUCGAGUCAAAAACUAGUGACUCACCAGAAAGAGGAGAUGAAAAAUGAUGUGUCAAACUCUUGUUUAAAUCUCAUUUCAUAGCAUUAUGGAAGGAAACCUGAUUUAUUAUUUUUUAAAUGAUCUUUGAGGCAGAUCGCGUCAGGUCAAGUCUGCUUUCAUUCAGGUGUGCUAAACAGAAGAGGAAGCUUUAUAUUUUUUUAGGGGUUGAAGCACCUUUUGUUGUGAUGUGUUAGAGUAUCUGUGUGUCUGAUAUUUCAGCUGAGUAUCAUUUUUGCUACCUUGGAUUUAAGUGACAAAUAAAAACACUUGACAAAGA